AUGAGAUGGAGAUCAGGAAACAUCCUGCAGGUGGACCUCACCAAGGCCAUGGCCAAGAACACACAACUCCACGACACCAUCUACUCCAAGAACCAGAAGGACCUGGAGGCCUUCCAGGCCAAGUCCCAGGAUCUGAAGAACAAGGUGGUGGUCGGCAUCCGGACCCUGCAGAAGUCCAGGUCUGAAGUCACCCAGGUCCAGUCUAGUCUGCAGUCUCUGGAGACCCAACUGCAGUCCACGUUGGACACGGAAGUGUUGGAGGGAACUCUGGCUGAAACCCUGAGCCAGUACGGCGGGCAGCUCAGCAGAUCCCUGACCCAGGUGACCACUCUGGAGGGGCAGCUGGUCCAGCUCAGGUCAGACCUGGAUCUUCAGGACUACGAAUACAAGAAGCUGCUGGACACCAACAUCCAUCUGGAGUCGGAGGUUGCCGAGUACAAAAGGCUUCAGGGCUGAAACAGCGUCUGCAGCUCCACCAAGACCCAGGAGGAGGGGGUCUACGGGUAGGUGGUCU